AUGGACCGCUACGCUGCUGCUCAUGCCUCUCGCAACGGCCCUGGAGAUGCUCGUCCGACUGCCCUCCAGAUUGUCGCAGACGAGUUCCAAUAUGGCAACAUUGGUAAAGAUGGUUUAUCAGAGUUGACUAUUGUGAUUACCGGCGCAACUUCUGGUAUUGGGUGCGAGGCUGCUCGAGCUCUCUAUUCCACCGGCGCCAAGCUGUUCAUCACGGCGCGCGAUGCUGACAAGGCAAAGAGCGUCAUUGAGAAGAUUGUGUCGAGCGUCUCGCCAGUUGAGGGGAGAAAGUUUCAAAAUAUCGAGGUUGUGGCUAUGGAUAUGGCCUCUCUUGCUUCUGUGAGAAAAGAGGCAGAGGAGAUUCUUGGCAAGACAGAGCACAUUAAUGUCUUGAUCAACAACGCGGGUGUUGCGUUUGAGCCUUUUGAACACACAGAAGAAGGGUUACUACGGACCUGGACCAUAAACUACGUCGCACCAUUUCUUCUCACAUAUCUCUUGCUCCCACGCCUCGAGGCCAGUAGCACCAAAGCCCGCCGUUCCCGCGUCGUCAACCUGAGCACCACCGGACACAGAAUAUUCCCAGUCCAUCUAGACGACCCAAACUUCAAAAAGACACCAUACGAGCCCAUGUCCGCUUACGCAACGUCCAAACUCGCCGUCAUCUACAACGCCAACUUCAUCGACCGACACUUUUCUACUCGCGGAAUCAGGGCUGUCUCGCUUCACCCGGGGACUGUUCAUACUCCCUUGUAUGCAGGAUACGCAGCUCAGCAGACGGAUAAAUCUGAUGUGCCGCCUGGAUAUAUGGAGGAGCUCAAAUCUACAGAGCAAGGCGCGGCUACGACUGUUUUUGCGGCCAUUGCGUCGUGUUUGGAAGAUAAGGGCGGCGUGUACUUGGAGAAUUGCUCGUAUGGAAAGGAGGCGACGGCUGAUUUUGGGUUGAUGGAUGGUGGAUAUGCGGCUUUUGCGUUUGAUGAGGUGGCGGAGGAGAAUCUUUGGAAGGAGACGUGUGAAUUGUUGAACGUUCCCGAUAUAUUGUAG